AUGGUGACCCCCGAGUCCGGACCGACCGCGAGGUCAGGCCUGGCUAUUAAUUGCCCGCAAACUCUCCCAGCCUCACACGAGGCCGUUUCCAGCAAUCAUGGGUCCGAUCCUGAUCAAACUCCGCAAGAGUCGUCGGCCUCUUCUGCGCCUCGCUCUGCCCCGGUAGACGUCCCUUCCAUAUCCAACCCUUCGAUACCAGGCCUGCCCUCGCUGCAGAUUCGUACCGAUUUACCCAACGUCCGUCCCACCAGCUCGCAUCGCGACUCCGAUUAUUUGGCUUCAACCAGUUUCUCCUCCGGCAGCUUCCCGCAACGCACCCCGAGUUUGCGCGCGCUUGUCGCGCCUUCCAUGUCCAACGCCGGUUCUUUGUCUCCAGCCUCGAUCAUGUCCUCGCCCCAACUCAACGCCAUGGGGGACAUUACCCCGUUACCAUCACCUAUCGGCGGCGGAGCACCGUGGCGCCGUGGGGAUCUGCCGUCCUUAUCGCGCACCUCGUCUACCGCGUCAAGAAGCGGUUCGAGUUUGCGACUGAGUGACUCAUCCCAGAUGCUCGGUCCUCCAGCGAUGCGACCGCGAAACAACAAACCUUAUAAUGGAUUGGACAACCUGGGGCAAGAGUCACCGUCGAAUCGCGUCCGUCGUGACUCCUCGCACACGAAACAUCACUCGCGCAAUCGCAGUCUAAGUGACUAUGCGCCCCCGGGCCGCAUGUCUGUACCGCGCCCAGUUGCGGUCUCGGGUGCCGGUCCAAGCAUUGCGCCCUCUUCGAGCACUGAUUCUAAAUCGACGGGUCUGCAUCGCGAGCAAUACCUCGCUGUUCACCGCGGCAUCGCCUUGCCAACUGUGCGCCCUCCUAGCCCUCCUCGCAGCAGUGGAAGUGGUUAUGGGGAUAGUGACACGGAGCUUAUUAUUCACCACCCUACACCGCUGUCCAAGUCGGAGGAACUAUACUCGGUCAAGUCGGUUCGCACUCAGCAGGCCAGACUGUAUCGCAAGAUCCGCGUGUUGGGCCAAGGCACCUUCAGUCAGGUUAGCCUCGCGGCACGAGUGGAGCAAUUAACCGAAGCUCCCCUCUCUCCGGACACUGAUGGUGACGCUGGCGAAAUCACACCCAUCGCGACAACUCAGAAAUUGGUUGCGGUGAAGAUCAUCGAGCAUGGUCCCGCUGGUGGUGCCGACGAGGAGCGCCUUGAGGUUUCCCUCAAGCGUGAAGUUGAAAUCUUGAAAUCGGUGAACCACCCAUCCUUAGUGCAAUUGAAGGCAUUUGGGAGUGAUGAGAAGCGCGCUCUGCUCGUGCUGGACUACUGCCCAGGCGGUGAUCUCUUUGAAUUCGCCACUUCGGGCCAUCGUCCCAUGUCACCGGGUCUGAUUCGUCGCAUCUUUGCCGAGUUGAUGGAUGCAGUCCGUUAUCUGCAUUCCAAUUAUAUUGUUCAUCGGGAUAUCAAGCUCGAGAACGUGCUCCUGACCAUGCCAAUUCCCGCCAUGGAAUCGGUGACGGACUGGCGUACAUAUGAUCGCGCCGUGGUUACUCUCAGUGACCUCGGCCUGUCUCGACGUAUCCCUGAGCCACCCGAGAGCCCGCUCCUGCAGACUCGCUGCGGUAGCGAGGACUACGCUGCUCCUGAAAUCCUAAUGGGCCAGCCCUAUGACGGCCGUGCAACUGAUGCAUGGGCUCUCGGUGUACUCCUCUAUGCCAUCAUGGAGAACCGCCUGCCAUUCGACGUCCUCCCCGGUACUCGUGGUGAUCCGGCGAAACUCCGCGCGCGCACUCCCCAUCGGAUUGCCCGAUGCGAGUGGAGCUGGUAUCGAUAUGCCAAUGAGGACGAGGAGUGGGACCCCGAGAAGGCCGAAGGCCUGGACGGUGCUCAGCACUGUGUUGAAGGCCUACUCAAGCGCAACACCAAGCGGAAGACGCUGGAUGAGAUUGCUGCUAUUCCGUGGGUGCGCGAUGCGAUCGAUGUUCCUGCUGGGCUGAAACGAGGUGACAAAGAGGUGCCAUAG